AUGGGAGAAACGAGUGGCGGCGAAGGCUAUUGGAAAAAUGUUUGGGAAUGCAGCAAUGUUUUAGGUUCAUAUUUAAAUACGAGAAAUAUAAAAUUAGAAGAGAAGAUAGUAAUUGAGUUAGGCGCUGGCGCGACUGGCAUACCCGGUAUAAUCGCAUUGAAAUGUUCAGCCAAAAAAGUCAUCUUCGUUGAACAUCCACAAAAUUCUCAGGCAUUGGAAUUAUUGGAAAAGAAUUGUUCUCUCAAUAACAUUCCAAUAACUUCUUUUCGAGUUGUUGGUUUAGACUGGAACGAUAUUGAUGGAAUCAACAAUCUUAUAAAAGAUUUGAAGCAUUUGGAUUAUAUUUUGGGAUCGGAUAUUUUCUAUGAUCCAGUCGUUUUUGAAGGUUUAGUGACUGCUAUUGCUUUAUUCCUCAGUGCUUUUCCUCAAGCGAUUUGUAUAUUUGCUUUUGAGGAAAGAGACAGUGAUUGGAGUAUUGAAGAUUUACUUUAUUUAAAAAAAUUGCAUUGUUCUCUCGUUCGAACUGUUCAAACAGAUUUACACACAUUUCGUAUUGGUUUUAUUUUUUCUAAGCAAAUAUACGAGACGACAUCAAAAAUGUUCGCUGGAAUCGAAGGUGGAGCAACACAGUCGAAACUUGUUAUAAUUGAUGGAGAUGGAAAAACCCUUGGUGAAUGGGUAACGAGUGGAAUAAAUAUAUGUCUUGAUGGAUUUGAGCGAUCUAUCGAAAAGUUGGUAUCUUGGAUUCGUUCCGUAAAGGAAGAAAUUAAUGUUACUGCACCACUUAGAGCUGUGGCAAUGGGUAUGGCUGGUGCAGAAGAUGAGGCAAGAAAUGAAGUUAUCGUCAAUUUUUUAAAUGAAAACUAUGGGGAUAUAGCUACAUCCUUUUAUCUUACUUCCGAUUCAUUAAUGUCAUUGAAAACAGCAUUCGAUAGCGGUGUGGUAUUAAUCGCUGGCACUGGAUCGACAUGUCGCUUAUUGAAAAAAGAUGGUACAGUUCAUGGUGUUGGUGGAUGGGGUCAUCAAAUUGGUGAUGGUGGAAGUGGAUUUUGGAUUUCAGUUAAUACGAUUCGGAAAAUCUUCGACCAUGAUGAUGGGUUAGUCGAAUCUCCUCAUUCAACGGAUUUAGCCAAGAAACUUUUAUUGAAACACUUCAGUCUUGAUGAUAAAAUUGAAGUGCUCGAUUUACUCUAUUCAAAAUUCGACAAAUCUAAUAUUGCAUCAUUUACAAACACACUUGCGACAGAAGGUUCUAGCGAUCGUUUAAUUCAAUCUAUUUUCUAUGACGCGGGGAAAAUUCUUGGGUCUCAUGUUAGAGCGAUUUCAAGGAAUUGCGAUUCAGAUAUGCUUCUAAAUAUGCCCGUGUUACUGGUUGGAUCUUUAUGGAAUAGUUGGGAAUUGUUGAAAAUAGGAUUCAUUGAAGGAAUUCGAGAGAAUAAACUCAUUAAAUGUGUAACUCUUUAUAAACUAAUGAAUUCUGCCGCAGUAAAUGCCGCUGUUUUGGCCGCAAAAAAUUGUAACUAUAUUUUGCCUGUCCAACAAAUUUCUAUUGUAUUUGACACUAUAAUGUUUUAG